AUGCUCGUCCUCGAGCGUUCGCGCCCGCAGCAGAGUGUCGAGGCAAUCUAUGAUCCCGGCUACAGCAUUCAGUCACAAGCGCCAUUUCCAGGCCUCACCAUGGAUACAUACGACGCGAUCGAUCCAAUGCUCACCUUCAAUCCACUUCCAUACUCGUUCCUUGAUCACCCGUCCGUGUUCGCGACCGAGCCGAUGCAAAUCAUCAAGGACGAGAUGUACCAAUUUCACGAAUUGCCGCCCGCACUCGUUUCCUCAGGAUCGGCCCCGUCGAUCGCCAGUGCCGCAUCAUCCACCAUCGGAUCGCCUUACUCGGGCCCUUCUCACACCAUGUCAAGCCAGGAAGGGUACGAGCACAGCGCGUCAUACGGCUUGGGCGUGAUGCCAGCCAUUCUCAGCCAUGACACCUUUCACCAGGACUUGCUCGGAGCUCCGCUGGAGGCCGAGUUGAUCAUGCCGCAGAACAACAACAACAACAGCCACCACGACAAGCUCUCGCCGGACAGCAGCUAUGUGGGUGAGUGUGCCGAUCUUUCUUCCUAUCCCACCCCAGUGUCGUCAACCACUAUUGCACAGCCCAAGCCCCGAUUUGGGCAUAUGCCUCCACCAGAUCCCCCCAGUCGCACCAAUCAUGGCGCUGCCUGGACCUCUGUUGCCGAGGUCCUGUCUAUUCCUGCCCGUUCCGACAGCGGCGUCUCCACCCGCUCAUUAGCGGUGUCCACUCCGGCUCCCGCUAUCACCCAGUCCCCUGCCGUUGAUCAAGCAGUACCAGUCUUCAAGUCACCUUCAACACCAGCUUCAGCUCGCUCAAGACGCUUCUCUCCUAUUGUCUUUCCUAUCAAUGCAAGAGCGCAACCAUCUUUCACCGAGCCCAACCAUAUGGUCCCCAAUGAUGCCGGUGCUGCAACAUGUCAACCGUCUGUCACUUGCUUCCAGUCCCAUUUCUUUGCUCAAAGUAGCGGUAGUUUCGUCCCACCGCUCGAAUCAUCUUACCCUUCCUUGAUCCACGCAUCCAGACCAUAUGGGGAAACGUUAUUCCUCGGACAAGGCCACUUCACACCCGGCAUGAACACCUUCUCGAACACAUCGCCCUCGAUUUCACCGGUUCCCUCGCCGCGACCGUACGGGAUUUACCCCUCCGGCCAGUUCUCCGAUCCUCUGGCGAACAACAACAACUACCAACCCCCACCACACCUGAGCCGAAGGCCGUCUUUAGCUUCCUAUGUUUCCAAUGCUUCGCACUCCAGCCCCACCUCCGAACUCGACGAAGAUGGUCGAGAGAAAGGUCGCUGCCCACAUCCAGAUUGCGGCAGAUUCUUCAAGGACUUGAAGGCGCACAUGCUGACACACCAAGCCGAGCGACCUGAGAAAUGUCCGAUCGUAACAUGCGAGUACAACCAGAAAGGUUUCGCCAGAAAGUAUGACAAGAACAGACAUACCCUGACCCACUACAAGGGUACCAUGGUAUGCGGGUUUUGCCCCGGAUCGGGCUCGCCUGCUGAGAAGAGCUUCAACCGCGCCGACGUCUUCAAACGUCACCUAACUUCGGUCCACGGGGUCGAUCAGACGGCCCCAAACAGUCGGAAACGCAGUCCCAGCUCCCAGGCCCGACGGUUAUCCAGUUACUGCCAGGAUGCCACUGGCAAAUGCUCGACUUGCUCGGCCACCUUCAGCAAUGCCCAGGACUUCUAUGAACACCUUGACGACUGUGUGCUGCGGGUCGUGCAACAGGAAGAGCCCAGCGAAGCCAUCAACGCGCAGCAUCUUUCCAGCAUUGACAGAGACAGCAACGUGCAGCAGACUUUGGAUCGUCACAUGCUCAAGACAGAGGAUGGUCCCGCCAAACUCGAAGACGUUGACGAUGAUGAUGAUGAUGACGACGACCAAGAAGAUGAGGAGGAGGAAGAUCCAUCCCUCAACAGCAGAUCAGGUAAAGGAUCCCUGAAAACUACCAGGCCUGCUGUUUUAAGCCGAGUCGUCCUCGCUGGUGGAGUCUCCAAGUCCACCAAGUCGGCCAAGAAACGCAUGACCUGGUCCAAAGGUGGCGUUGCUCUUGUAGGCAAAGGCAGCAAGAGAAGAAAGCAUUACCCACCGUCGUGGGGCAUGUCUGCUGAGAAGAUGCGGAUGAAGAAACGAGUGCUCUGUGUCUAUGACGGGCCGCGUCGGCUGUGGAAAGACGACAUCAUGCUGCACAAUGAGUUUGAAGUCCGCAUGAGUUUGCCCGAUGGCAAAAGCUACGUGACCGACCUCGACGUUGAGACACUCAAACGAGCCGAGGCUUUCCACAACGCCUCUCCAGAAGAGAAGGGCCCCUGGCUCCCACCCACUGAAGACGAUGGUCAAGGGGUCGACUUGAAUGCCUUGAUGGCUUGA